ACCUGCAGUGGCAAAUCACCCCCUCUGUUAACACCGGCACCAUCCUUCCGUUAGCUUUUAAUAGUCCACUCAUAAGCCCUUCCUCUGUGUUUGAUGUGGCCUUGUCUUGCCAAGAUGGAUGCUGAGGUUGAGGCACACCUGGACAAAUCACCUUAAAAUCAGCAAAUCAAACAAAAUUCUCGGUGGGAUGGCGGAUGGUUUAAGCAGCAUGUGGGACUACUGGGCAGUUUAUGUUAAAAAUACCUGAGACAGAACAAUCGGAACAGCCAAAAUGGCAUAGCAUCCUGGUAACACAAUUGAAAUUGUUAAGGAUAUGAAUGAAAAUGGUGACUGGAGAUCGAAGCGUGAGGGAUCUGUUGACGGCGAAAUUGGGUGGCGACCUUCCUUUACUUAUUGCCUCACUACGGCUGCGAUUAGGUCUCCGACGGUGUUCUCUUGCGACGUAACAACUUGCACUGCACCUACGCUACCUUGUAUUGUCACGUUCAAGAGCAAUUUCGUCAACUUCGGUCUUCCUUCCGGUGAGGAAACUCCAAGAGGAAUAUUCCUCUCCGACCGUAGUCUGGCAACCUCUUCGGACGCUGGAGCUCAGCGUCUUUGGCAAAAUUGAGUUGAGUUUGGUUGGGUGAGUCAUGACUUAGGUGGGUGAACCUCAGUGAUCAAAUCAACAAAGGGAAGAUAAGGGGCCAAAAAAGCCUAAAACCAAAAUCCCCAAACAUUACCUGCGAGUGUGUGGAAAUAGCAAAAAAUGGUGAACAAGAAGCUAUUAAGUCCUUUUCUCCUUUACCUAUCUCUCUCCUCUCUCAUUCUCCUCAUCAUUGUUAC